AUGCUCAGCAUGUACCCGAGGCACCGGCUCCAGCUCCAGGCGAGCUCCGUCGACGACGGCGGCGAUGAGAACGUCGAGGCCGGCGGCUACAACGCCUUCUACGCCAUCGCGGUCGUGUGCGUCUCCAUCUUCCUCUUCUGCGUGCUCGCCGCCUCCGUCAGCGUCUGGAAGGCGUUCGCCUCCGCGGCGCUGGCCGCGCUGCUGCUCGGCGCCGCCGGCUGCUUCGCGCCCAAGGAGUGGUUCCGUCCGAGCGGGCGGGCCCGGGCCCGGGGCGGGGCCGCGGGCGCGGAGCUGCAGGUCGUGGUCACGGUCACGGCGGGCGCCGCGCGGCCGGGCUACCCGUGCGCUCAGGUGGACGCGCCGCCGGCGUUCGAGUUUAGGUGCCCGCUCGAGGCGGGCGGCGGCGGCGCGGGUGAGGCGGCGGCGAGCUCCGUGGUGUGCUCGGUGUGCCUGGAGGACGUGCGCGGCGGCGAGAUGGUGCGGCUGGUGCCGGCGUGCAGGCACGUCUUCCACGUGGGGUGCAUCGACAUGUGGCUGCACUCGCACCGGACGUGCCCGAUGUGCCGCUGCGUGGUCUCGCCACCGUCCCAGGCAGCGACGCCGAAGGCUGCGGCGGAGGAGCCACCGGAGCCGUCAGCUGAAGAUGAGUUGCCGCCGGUGUAA